GAAUGCAUCCCUGCACCACUGAAGUAAAUGCAGCCCUUUGGUGAUGGUAUUUAUAAUCAUGGAAUCAUCUUCCACUUGUAUGCCAAUGAUGCCCAGCUGUAGCUCCCCACUUCUCUCAAUUUUCUCCACUGCCUCUGCCUGGUUGGACAGUCUGCUUGAUAUCCAGUCUCGGGGAGUUUAUUAAAGGAGGGAGUUCAGAAAACUUCUACAAUGUUCAAAGCCGUUCUGAAGAAAAAUCGCGAAGGUGGAAAAGGGAGCAAGAAAGAUUUUGCAGAUGUGUACAAAAUGGAGCAACAAAAAGACAAGCCACACCUCAGUGAUGACUGUGGACAGCAGAGGCAGAAGAAAGGCGACUCCUACUCUGACCGUUCUGUGAAAGUUGGCAUUUUAGAUGGUGGUUCUGGCCAGUUUUCCAUACAAGAGGAUAUAUACAAAAUGAGCAUGUCUAAAGGAGUGUCCAUGUCGCUUCCAUCCUCGCCACUCUUGCCUCGUCAGCCAUUUACGAUGCAUGCAUGGACAGGCAAAAGGUCCCCAGGCCCAAUCAGGAAGUUGAAAUAUGUGGAAAGCCCUAAGGUGCCAGGAGAUGAUGUAAUUGCCUCGGCAUUGACAAAGUUGGCACAGAAAACAGACCCUUCCCAAUUAGCACAAAAUGAGCCACAGAAGAGUAAUGAGCGAAGCUCCUCCCCUGCUGCUCAGGAACUGAUGACUAGAUUAGGGUUUCUGUUAGGAGAAGGGAUUCCAAGUUCUGCUCGUUUACCUGUGGAAGAGAAGAAUGAAAAAUUGUUUUCAGCUGCUAUUCAGGGAAUCAGUCCAUGUUCAACACUCACAAGCAGUACUGCAUCUCCAGGCACUGACAGCCCAUGCUCAACCCUAAACAGCUGCAUCAGCAAACCACCACAAAAAAAACCCAGUCCCUGUGGAACUAUUACUAGCUUAAGCUCCACACUGGAAAGCAAGGACAGUGGCAUUAUAGCUACAGUAACCAGCUCAUCUGAAAAUGAAGAAAAAAGUGGCUCAAGUCUAGAAUGGAACAAAGUUGGCAGUAUGCGGGACUGUCUACCGCGUGGUAUCACAAAGAAUUUAAGACUUGAAGGUUGCUUGCCUGUAGCAGAGGAAGAACCACAUGAUCCUGCCACAAGUCUUUCAAAAUCAGAAGCUGCUUUUGAUGGUCCUAUUGCUUAUGUACAUCAGAGUGUGUCACCAUACCUGACGCCACGACCUAAUUCAGUUGCAGCAACUAGUUCAGCAAAGCUGGAAGAUUUGAGCUAUUUGGAUGAAAGAAGUACACCACUGCGUACCUCUAUUAGGAUGCCUUGGCAUAACACAGCUGGAGGAAGAGUACAGCAAAAUGUGAAAGUGCGAUUUACUCCAUACAAGCCAGUUGAUAUUAUAUUAAAGCCAUUAUUGUUUGAAGUGCCAAGCAUUACUACAGAUUCAAUAUUUAUUGGUCGGGAUUGGCUGUUCCAGAAGAUAGAUGAGAACCUGAACAAUGGAGUGACUCUGGAGAGCAAAGGAACUGUAAUUGUUGGAAAUGUUGGAUUUGGGAAAACGGCCAUUAUUUCCAGGCUGGUGGCACUGAGCUGUCAUGGAGGUCGGAUGAGACAAAUUGCAUCGAACAGCUCCAGUGUAUUUUCAAAAAAUACAAACCUACACCAGGAACUUCCGCUGAGCCAACCGCCCCAAACCUCUUCUCCCUUUCAUAGUACCAAUACGUCGAGCAAUGGGAGUUUUCCCGGAACCCCUGAGCUACAAAGACGAAGGGAAGAAGCUUUGAAGAAACUCGCAGCACAGGUUGUUGCCUAUCACUACUGCCAGGCUGAUAAUACAUACACCUGCCUUGUACCAGAAUUUGUCCACAGUGUAGCAGCUUUGCUUUGUCGUGCACCUCAGCUAGCAGCAUUCAGGGAUUUGCUGCUGAAGGAAUCACACAUACAGAGCAUACUCAGUCUACGUUCUUGUGUCCAGGAUCCCAUGGCUGCAUUUAAGAGAGGUAUUUUGGAGCCUCUUGUAAACCUGAUAAAAGAAAAGAAGAUUCCUGCAGAUGAUUAUAUUAUUUUGGUGGAUGGCUUAAAUGAGGCUGAAUUCCAUAAGCCCGAUUAUGGUGACACAAUUGCUUCCUUUAUCACUAAAAUAAUUUCGAAGUUUCCAGCUUGGCUAAAGCUGGUAGUUACUGUUAGAACCAAUCUACAGGAGAUCACAAGUCUACUUCCAUUUGUCAAAAUUUCUCUGGAUGAUUUUCCGGAGAACGAAGAUAUUAACAGUGAUCUGAAUGCUUAUAUCCAUCACAGAAUUAACAAUAGUCACGGAAUACUCAGUAAUAUCUUUUUGAGUGGAAAAGCUGACACCCUUACAGUGAGCAAAGUCAGCAAUCAUCUUAUCAUGCGCAGCCAAGGAUCUUAUCUAUAUUUGAAGUUGACGCUGGAUUUGUUUGAAAAGGGCCAUUUGGUUAUUAAGAGUGCAAGUUACAAGGUAGUCCCAGUGUCCCUGUCUGAAUUGUACCUGCUACAAUGCAACAUGAAGUUUCUAACGCAUACUUCCUUUGAAAAGGCUCUUCCUCUGUUGAAUGUAGCCUUGGCAUCCCUUCAUCCACUGGCAGAUGAACAGAUCUUCCAAGCAAUAAAUGCUGGCUGUGUGAAGGGUGACUUGGAGUGGGAGGACUUCCAGCAGAGAAUGGAGAGCCUUUCAUGUUUCCUGAUCAAACGAAGGGACAAAACACGAAUGUUUUGCCACCCAUCCUUUAGGGAGUGGCUUGUUUGGAGAGCAGAUGGUGAAAACAUGGACUUUCUUUGUGACCCAAGGAGUGGGCAUGCGCUUAUGGCAUUUAUGUUCUCUCGCCAAGAAGGAAAACUAAACCGACAACAGACGGUAGAAUUUGGACAUCACAUAUUGAAAGCGCAUAUUUUCAAGGGCCUAAGCAAAAGGACGGGAAUCUCUUCUACUGUCCUUCAAGCUCUGUGGAUAAGCUAUAGCAGUGAUGGAUUGUCUGCUGCCCUCACAUCCUUGAGAAAUCUUUACACUCCCAAUGUGAAGGUGAGUCGAUUGUUGAUUUUGGGAGGAGCCAGCGUGAACUACCGAACUGAGGCCUUGAACAAUGCACCCAUCCUAUGUGUUCAGUCACAUCUUGGUCAUCAGGAAAUGGUAAAUCUGCUGCUUGAAUUUGGAGCUGAAGUUGACCAUAUUUCUGAAAGUGGUAUUACCCCCUGCUGUCAUGCUGCAGCUGCAGGACACCUGAAUAUUGUGACUCUUCUGUGCAAGAAAGGAGCAAAGGUUGAUUACACAGAUAAAAAUGGUCAGUGUGCAUUGGUUCAUGCUUCUUUACGAGGUCAUCGUGAAGUUAUUAAAUAUUUACUGCAAGUGGAUUGGGCAUUAACCACACAGCACCAGCAUUCUUUCAGGAAAAGUCAGGCCCUUCAGCAAGCCCUGAUUGCAGCAGCAAGCAUGGGACAUACUGAAAUUGUGAAGAAUCUGCAAGAACUCGACAAUGAGAAUAGAGUAGAGAUCAAUAGCUUCGACACUCUUUGGGGUGAAACAGCUCUCACAGCAGCAGCAGGCAGGGGUAAACUGGAAGUUUGUGAACUGCUCCUGCAACAAGGAGCUGUGGUAUCCCAUCCCAAUCGAAGGGGUAUCGCUCCAGUAUUUUGUGCAGCGAGACAAGGUCAUUGGCAGAUUGCUGACCUGUUGUUUCAGCAUGGUGCUGAUUUGAACGCAACAGAUAAGCAGGGACGUACACCACUUAUGGUGGCUUCUUGUGAAGGGCAUGUGAGCACUGUUGAAUUUCUACUUUCAAAAGGUGCUUCCAUAUCUUCAAUAGAUAAGGAAGGAUUGACUCCUUUGAGCUGGUCUUGCUUGAAAGGUCAAAAAUCUGUGGUUCAGACUUUGGUGGAGAGGGGUGCAGCUAUUGACCACACAGAUAAGAAUGGUCGCACACCCCUAGAUCUAGCAGCUUUUUAUGGAGACUCCGACAUUGUUCAGUAUCUGGUGGAAAGAGGUGCAAUGAUUGAGCAUGUUGACCACAGUGGAAUGCGUCCAUUAGACAGAGCAAUUGGAUGUUGCAACACUUCAGUGGUAGUGAUGCUGCUCAAGAAAGGUGCAAAACUAGGUAAUGCAGCUUGGGCAAUGGCCACAUCCAAACCAGACAUCCUGAUCAUUUUAUUGCAGAAACUAAUGGAAGAGGGAAAUCUACUUUAUAAGAAAGGAAAGAUGAAAGAAGCAGCCCAGAGAUAUCAGUACGCAUUAAGAAAAUUUCCACGAGAAGGCUUUGGGGAUGAAAUGAAAUCUUUUAGAGAUCUGAGAGUUUCUCUAUAUUUAAACCUAUCCCGAUGUCGGAGGAAAACUAAUGACUUUGGAAUGGCAGAGGAAUUUGCUUCUAAAGCAUUGGAAUUAAAGCCAAAAUCAUAUGAAGCUUACUAUGCCAGAGGAAGGGCUAAAAGGAGCAGCAGGCAAUUUUCUGCAGCUCUUUCAGAUCUACAAGAAGCUGCUAAGCUUUGUCCUAACAACCGUGAAAUAAAGCGGCUUCUGGCUCGAAUAGAAGAGGAAUAUAAUCAGAUGCAUCGAGCGCAGCAACAGUAUCAGCAACCACAGCAAAACAAUGAAUCUGAUAAUGAAGAGGAAUUACUACAUCAAGAUCUUGAGAAUUCAUUAUUUGGCACUGAUGAGCCUGGUGUUGGACAACCUACUGACAUUCAGUCUGCCUCAGCAAGGCAUUCUCCAAGCUCAGUUCCAUUCAAAAAGGGACUUCAAGAUGAUACAGGUUCUCAACAAAAUCCAAGGCCUGUCUCUCCUCAGAAUAAAUCUAAACACAAAUACCUUAGAGAACCACUCCCACAGCAAGGACUAGUUACACAACCUCCCAAACAAGCUCAAAUUGUGAAAACAAACCAGCAUAUGAAUUUAUUACAGGCUGGGGGAAGAGCUGCAAGUUAUCAAUACAGUGGUAAAGCUCCACCACAAACUCAGAUUCCCUUGUCAAGCAAUAGAAAUGUUCAAGUAGAAUCUGCAGUCAAUAGUAGAACAUAUUCUGGGAGCUGUGGUGAAAGAGUGACUUCUGCUCAAUCUGUGCAGCUGCAGCACAAUGAACUUACUACAACUGAGACUUCUACAAAUAUGGCAAUACCAGUAGAAAGCCCACUUGCACAGUCCAAACUGAGUAUUGAUUUAUCAGAAAAUGUUGCUCAACGAGUUCAAGCAAAGUCUUCAGAUGUAAACCAAGAUGGAUCAAUAACAGGUGUUUCUGCACCUGUGCAUCAUACAAUCAUGAAAGUUUCUGGGUCUACUAACAGUCUAGCUUCCAACUGCAGUGUGUCUGACAGUGGGCAAACUUCAGAUGCUCACAUCAAAAGCAGUCUGGAAUACAAGAUGGAGAAGUCCAACAAAAACUUGAGUGGGGCUGAAUACAGACCAAGGACUACACCAUUUAUGGGAAUAAUAGAUAAAACCGUAAGAUCCCAGCAGCAUCAGUCCAACAGUCAACAGAUUCGCAUGUGGCACGAUCAAUCAAUAGAUGGAUUUGUUACAAAUGCGACUUCAGUUGGUGGUGGUCAAAAUAUUCACAGUGAAGCACAGUUUGCCAAAUCUGUUAUUGCCUAUCAUGACCAUAUAAGACUUCCAACUCAGGGCUCUGCUGGAAAUCUUCACAAUGGAAUGCAUUCCAAGACCUGUCAGACAGCCACAAACUUUCAAGAACCCAGUUCACCCUUGAUGGUUCCACAGAGUAUUUCUAAACCACAAUCUCAUGUACCUAGAGAUGCACAGUCUAUAAAACCAAAGCGAUCUUUUAUAGAAUCUAAUGUGUAAAGUAAAUUGGACUGUUGAAAAUUACUUUUUUUGUGUAUGUUGUAAUCUAAUAGUAGAAUUUGUAGCUAUUGGUGCUUAUCAGUAAAAUUUGUUUAUGCUACAGUACAGCAUUGCAUGUUGGUUAUAAAAAGGUGAGCUUUAAUCCAGCUGGCUAUUGCACUGAGUAUUGUAAUAUGGCAUUUAACACAAAAUGAAUAACUGCACUUUAUUAAAGUACAAAUUAUAAGAUGUCCUGAAGUGCUUUUGUUGUAAUUUAAAUGUUUUUAACUUGCAGAUUCUCUGUUCCUUAACUGAAUCUAUACAUCAUUAGCAUUGUUAUCAGUAAAAAGGGAGUUGUUGAGCAACCACAUUACAACUUUUUUUUAGUCAGCCAUUUCUAGAAUGAUUUAUGUAAUCUUUAAAAACUUAAUGAAGUACUCAGCUGUACUUGAGGAUUAUGUUGCACAUUAAUCAAAUUAAAAAACUGUAUAAAUAUAAUGGUUCUGUUAUCAAUUUCCAAUACUAAUUUUAUUUAUUUGCUUAAGCUUUUAAUUUGUAAAAUUGGACCUUUUACUUAACUAUAUGUAUUGUGUCUUCAUCAAUUUUCAAUGCAGCUUAAGUGUUUAAGAGCACUAGUUAUUUUCAGUAUAAACAUCUAAUAAUUUAUUUUAUAGCAUACUGUAUUGCCAAGUAGAGGAAAAAAUAAUUUCUGGCAAGGUAUUGUGCCUAAUGUUUUGACUAACUUUUUUUCCUGGAAUAUAUAUGGCAAAUUAAUUCAAAAAAAUAAAAUACAAAAGUAUAUUCUAA